AUGAUGGGCAAGAAACUGAUUGGUCAAUUGGAUAUUCACACAUAUGAGAGAAGUCGAUGCUCACCACAAAUCAUAAUUUGUGAGACGUUCAGGGAAGCAUUUCUUAAGUCAGAAUCUUCCAAUUUAAGAACGUUAAAAAAUCUUGUAGUGUUUAUGCAUACCAAUAACCAUAACAGUCAAAUUUAUUCAAAUCCUACAUUCACAAAUUAUAUACGAAAUGCAACCUACUUGUUGAUUGACAUAUGGUUACUUUCAUUAUAA